UGACAGAUUCGACGCCGAUGCUAAUCAGUUUACCGAGUAUAUAUCAUACACAAAUCACCAAAAUCCUAUCAAUGCAGUAUGAUAUAUUGACUCUAUAUUUAUUUGGGAAAAAGACAAGCGGAAUCAGUAUUAGUUCAUUCUAUCAUGGCUCCUCCUAGUGAUAAAAAACUUCCCAGGGAAGAUGCACAUGACGCCACGAUGGAUGUUGCCAAGGGCUCAGUCCACGCCCAUACAGAAUAUGACGAGUACCUUGAUCUAUGCCGGGAAUUCACAGGUCACCGUCUCCAGAAACUCAUUCGCAAGGUUGACUGGCAUGUACUCCCCCAGCUGAUAAUUAUUUAUCUUAUGUCAUACAUCGAUCGUACAAACGUUGGUAAUGCAAAACUCUUCGGUGCUAUUCCGGACAUGGGCAUGACAGGUCAAGACUGGAACACGGCUCUCUCUGUCUUCUUUGUCACCUACGCUGCAGGUGGUGUCCCCUCGAACAUUGCUCUCAAACGAUUUGGCCCCAAGAUUUGGCUCCCUGUACUCUUGGGGUUUGUUUCCCUGGUGCUAAUAUUCUCCUCGAUGCAAAAUAACAGACCCGGAUGGAUCGCUUUCCGAGUUUUGCUGGGAUGGUUUGAAGCAGGAAUUUUUCCUGGAUGCUCUUUCGUCUUGACCUAUUGGUAUUCACCCGCUGAGAUUCACUCUCGCAUGACAAUAUUUUAUUGUGGUGCAUCUGCCGCAGGUGCUUUUUCUGGCCUAUUGGCUUAUGGUAUUGGGCACCUUGACUACACGUGGGGAUUCCGCGGUUGGCGUUUCAUCUACUGUAUCGAAGGCCUCUUUUCGCUUCUUCUUGCCAUUGCUGGGUUCUGGGUUCUCAAUGACACACCGGCCAAGAUCACCAAAUGGCUCACAACGGAGGAGAAGAGGUUCCUGAUCCUGCGUAACCGCUAUGCAGCUGGUGGAGAGACCGGUAUUGCAGAGAAGGAGGAAUUCUCGUGGAAGGCAGCGAGGGAAGCUUUCACAUCGUUUCACAUAUACGCAGUUGCACUCAUGGAAUUCACUCUCUGCGUUACAGUAUAUGGUUACUCCUUCAUCUUGCCAACAAUCAUCAGUAACCUCGGUUACACCGCCGCCAACGCCCAAGCUAUGACUGCCCCACCUUAUAUCUUCGCAUGCAUCGUCACGGUAUUCUCGGGCUGGGCGGCGGAUCGAUACAAACAGAGAAUGCUCUCAGUCGUUUUACCCAACACUUUGGCUGCAUGCGGCUUUGUCAUCAUGAUGGUGACUUCGCGAUACUCUCAUCUUCCUGGAGUGACACUGCUUGGAGUAUUCCUCACCACGGCUGGCCUCUAUCCAAUCUCUCCAGCCGUUACAGCCUGGAUUGCACUCAAUUGUGCUGGUUCGAUGAAGCGGGCUGUUGGCAUUGGGGCCAUGAUUUCAUUCUCUCAACUUGGAGGGAUCGUUGGGUCCAAUAUCUAUAUAGCAAGUCAAUCGCCAACGUACCCCGUUGGUUUUGGGAUCUCCCUAGGAAUGCUUGUGGCUUUCGGUAUUAUCUGGCCCAUCGUUUACUACUUCAUCUUGAAGGGCAUUAAUAAGAAGCGAGGUGCGAUUCCUAUUGAGGAGGUUCAGGCCAACUACUCCGAGCAGGAACUUUCAAAGAUGGGUGAUCGAAGUCCUUUGUUCAGAUACUCAACAUAAGGGUCACAGAGGUUAGACGAGGCUUGUGGCUAAAACGUCAGCACUUGAUUUAGCUAGACUUUAUGCUUUGUAAACCCUUUAAUAACAC